CCGGGGGCAGGGGGCGGGUCCUCCGGAAGUGUCUGGUCGCCGUCCGCGGCUCGUUGUUUCGGUGGCUGACGGGGAAGAAGAAGCCGGAGCUCUGGAGGCGCGGCGGAGCGUGAGGCGCGGCGCAAUCCCGAGCUUUAGCGUCUGAGCGGCGGAAAGCCGGGACUGCGCGCUGCAGAGCUGCGGGGCGGGCCGCGCUCGCCUUCCGAGCUCACCAUGUCGCGGGGCUCCAUCGAGAUUCCCCUCCGGGACACUGACGAGGUCAUUGAACUUGACUUCGAUCAGUUACCGGAGGGAGAUGAAGUUAUCAGCAUUCUGAAGCAGGAGCACACGCAGCUGCACAUAUGGAUUGCUUUGGCGCUGGAAUACUACAAGCAAGGGAAAACAGAAGAGUUUGUGAAGCUGUUGGAAGCAGCACGUAUUGAUGGCAAUUUGGACUACAGAGACCAUGAAAAAGACCAGAUGACUUGCUUGGAUACAUUGGCAGCUUAUUAUGUACAACAGGCUCGGAAAGAAAAGAAUAAAGACAACAAGAAGGACCUUAUCACACAGGCAACCUUGUUGUAUACAAUGGCUGAUAAAAUUAUUAUGUAUGAUCAGAACCAUUUGCUGGGAAGAGCCUGCUUCUGCCUACUUGAAGGUGACAAAAUGGAUCAAGCUGAUGCACAGUUUCAUUUUGUUCUUAACCAAUCUCCAAAUAAUAUUCCAGCCCUUCUUGGUAAAGCUUGCAUUUCAUUCAACAAGAAGGAUUACAGAGGAGCUCUUGCUUACUAUAAAAAAGCAUUGCGUACUAACCCAGGAUGUCCAGCUGAAGUUCGUUUAGGAAUGGGCCAUUGCUUUGUCAAACUUAACAAACUAGAGAAGGCUCGACUCGCAUUCAGCAGAGCCCUGGAACUCAACUCUAAAUGUGUGGGAGCACUGGUUGGACUGGCUGUUCUAGAGCUCAACAAUAAAGAGGCUGAUUCCAUCAAAAAUGGUGUCCAGCUUCUCUCCAGAGCCUAUACUAUUGACCCUAGCAACCCUAUGGUACUGAACCACUUGGCAAAUCACUUUUUCUUCAAAAAGGAUUAUAGUAAAGUCCAGCACCUGGCUCUCCAUGCAUUCCAUAAUACCGAAGUGGAGGCUAUGCAAGCAGAAAGCUGUUAUCAGCUGGCUCGAUCAUUCCAUGUUCAGGAAGAUUAUGACCAAGCUUUUCAGUACUACUAUCAAGCCACACAGUUUGCUUCGUCCUCUUUUGUGCUACCAUUUUUUGGUUUGGGACAAAUGUAUAUUUAUCGAGGUGACAAAGAGAAUGCAUCUCAGUGCUUUGAAAAAGUUUUGAAAGCUUAUCCUAACAAUUAUGAGACUAUGAAAAUUCUCGGCUCUCUUUAUGCUGCCUCAGAAGAUCAAGAAAAACGAGACAUUGCCAAGGGUCAUUUGAAGAAGGUCACGGAACAGUAUCCUGAUGAUGUUGAAGCUUGGAUUGAAUUGGCCCAAAUCUUAGAACAAACUGAUAUACAGGGUGCCCUUUCAGCCUAUGGAACAGCCACACGAAUCCUUCAGGAGAAGGUGCAGGCUGAUGUCCCUCCUGAGAUUCUGAAUAAUGUUGGGGCCCUCCAUUUUAGACUUGGAAACCUAGGGGAGGCAAAGAAAUAUUUUCUGGCAUCACUGGAUCGAGCGAAGGCAGAAGCUGAGCAUGAUGAGCACUAUUACAAUGCCAUCUCUGUUACCACAUCAUACAAUCUAGCCAGACUCUAUGAGGCCAUGUGCGAAUUCCAUGAAGCAGAAAAGCUAUAUAAAAACAUCUUACGAGAGCAUCCCAAUUAUGUUGACUGCUAUUUGCGCCUGGGAGCUAUGGCUAGAGAUAAAGGAAACUUUUAUGAGGCUUCAGACUGGUUUAAGGAAGCUCUUCAGAUUAAUCAGGAUCACCCAGAUGCUUGGUCUUUGAUUGGUAACCUCCAUUUGGCAAAACAAGAAUGGGGCCCGGGCCAGAAGAAAUUUGAAAGGAUAUUAAAGCAGCCAUCUACACAAAGUGACACUUACUCCAUGCUAGCCCUUGGCAACGUGUGGCUCCAAACUUUGCAUCAGCCAACCCGAGACCGAGAAAAGGAAAAGCGUCAUCAAGAUCGUGCCCUGGCCAUCUACAAGCAAGUACUCAGAAAUGAUGCAAAGAACCUGUACGCUGCCAAUGGCAUAGGAGCUGUUUUGGCCCACAAAGGAUACUUCCGGGAAGCGCGUGAUGUAUUUGCCCAAGUGAGAGAAGCCACAGCAGAUAUCAGUGAUGUGUGGUUGAACUUAGCACACAUCUAUGUGGAGCAAAAGCAGUAUAUCAGCGCUGUUCAGAUGUAUGAGAACUGCCUCAGAAAGUUCUAUAAGCACCAGAACACUGAAGUAGUGCUCUAUUUGGCCCGGGCCCUCUUCAAGUGUGGCAAGUUACAGGAGUGCAAACAAACUUUGCUGAAGGCUAGACAUGUGGCACCCAGUGAUACAGUGCUGAUGUUUAAUGUGGCCUUGGUCUUGCAAAGAUUAGCUACCUCUGUCCUGAAAGAUGAAAAAAGUAAUCUGAAGGAAGUACUCAAUGCUGUGAGAGAACUGGAGCUUGCACACAGAUACUUCAGUUACUUGAGUAAAGUGGGAGAUAAAAUGAGAUUCGAUUUGGCCCUUGCUGCCACAGAAGCCAGGCAAUGCUCUGACUUACUGAGCCAGGCUCAGUACCAUGUGGCCCGGGCACGCAAACAAGACGAAGAAGAGCGGGAGUUACGGGCUAAGCAGGAGCAAGAAAAGGAGCUGUUAAGGCAGAAACUUCUUAAAGAGCAGGAAGAGAAACGGCUCAGAGAAAAGGAAGAGCAGAAGAAACUUUUGGAACAACGGGCCCAGUAUGUGGAGAAGACCAAAAAUAUUCUCAUGUUUACUGGCGAGACCGAAGCUACAAAAGAGAAGAAAAGAGGAGGUGGUGGGCGGAGAUCUAAGAAAGGAGGUGAGUUUGAUGAAUUUGUCAAUGAUGACACUGACGAUGACCUCCCUAUAUCCAAAAAGAAGAAGAGAAGGAAGGGCAGUGGGAGUGAGCAAGAAGGUGAAGAGGAGGAGGGCGGUGAGAGGAAGAAGAAGAAGAGGAGAAGACCUCCGAAGGGAGAAGAAGGAUCUGAUGAUGAUGAAACAGAAAAUGGCCCCAAACCAAAGAAGCGCCGUCCACCAAGAGCAGAGAAGAAAAAGGCUCCCAAGCCAGAACGUCUGCCUCCUUCAAUGAAGGGGAAAAUAAAAUCCAAAGCCAUUAUAUCAUCAAGUGAUGAUUCUUCAGAUGAGGAUAAACUGAAAAUUGCUGAUGAAGGACAUCCCAGGAACAGCAACAGUGACUCUGACGAGGAUGAGCAGCCCAAUAGACACACCUCAUCCGAGAGUGACUCUGAUGACAACCAGAACAAGUCUGGCAGCGAGGCAGGCAGUCCUCCAAGGUCGAGGAGACAGGAGUCGGAUGAGGAUUCAGACAGUGACCAGCCAUCCAGAAAGAGAAGGCCCUCGGGCUCCGAGCAGUCUGACAAUGAGUCGGCACAGUCUGGAAGAAGCCCCUCUGGAGGUUCCGAAAAUGACUCUCGUCCUGCUUCUCCAAGUGCAGAGUCGGACCGCGAAUCGGAGCGGGGGUCCGACAACGAGGGUUCUGGCCAAGGCUCAGGAAAUGAAUCUGAGCCAGAGGGGUCCAACAAUGAGGCCUCAGACCGGGGCUCAGAACACGGGUCAGAUGAUAGUGACUAAGUUUUAUUUCAUCAAAGAACUCCAGCUCUGAGGGAAGCCUUUUUAAUAUAUAAAAGCUGUGAUAAAAACAUUUCAGAUGGUUAGUCAUUUGUGAAAUUUUUAAGGCAAUUUUUUUUCUAUCUGUAUAAUACUAAGCCCCAAGAGACAUUUCCUGUGCUAGAGUCCAGUAUCUGAAUCUCCUGAGCAAAUGAAACUCCAUUGUGGUGCAGCUCCACCUGUCAUAUGUGAAAACUGCAGGUAGACUCAGAUGUUAAGCAUUCCUGCAAAGGUUUGGCUGAAACCAUGCAGAUCUCUCCUGUUAGGCAGCGUAGUGCUGUGUAUGGCUUUUGUUGCAAACUUACCAAGUGUUGCAGAAACGGGGAUACAUGUGUUUGUUCCCCUUUUGAAUUGAGAUUGAAAAUAUUUUCUGGAGAAAAAGACCUAUAAAUGCACCAAAGUAAGAAUGGAGGGAAGCCUCCUUCACUGUGCGGUGCUGCAGCCCUGCAGGCAUAGCUGCACAUACACGGGUUGGGUAGGUGUGGAAAUGCUUUUCUGUUAGAAUGCGAAGACCUCCCCCAGCCAUGUAAUAAACUCCUUUGCCAACCA